AUGCUUGUCCCCAAAUGGCUUCUCGUCACUUGCGCAACACUCGUUUCCUGCGUGCCAACAGCCAAUCUGCCUGCUUUGGCACACGAAAGCAGCCUUCAACCGUCGUCAUCGAUUGCCCGCCGAGACUUUGGAAUGAUCUACCAGCUUCACUUCCUCCUCAUGGGCGAAUGCGACAAUGUCGGCGCUUUUGGCUCAACGGAGCCGACCGCUAAUCUGCUCAUUCACGGGCCUGCCCACGGGCUGCCUGCGGGAGGAGAGCGCAUUUGGGGAGAUGGAUUCGAAGAGGUGACCUUUGAAGAAAAGGCAAACGGCCUCGUCAGGGUCAAUCUGCUGUACAAGGGAUCAAGACGAAACUAUCCCGAAGAAUCGUGGACGGAAGACAGACUGUGGUGCUGUAGCGUCAACGGUACCGCCUCCUUUGAUGCAAGCUACACCAGCCGAGAAAUUCUGGACCUCGAAAUGGACAUCAUUGGUCGAUGCACGCCAGACUCGUGGCAAUGCAAGGGCAAGACAGGCAUUCCAGCAACGACGAAGUGCACCGUCAAGGCAGGCUAUCUGACCUCGAACGGCAUUCAUAUCGGCAGAAGCAGCUCCAAAGGUGUCUGA